AGGGCGCACAAGGACAGCGGAGACUGCGGGCACUCAGCCGCUGCCUCCAUCUCCUCUGUCUAAGACCGCGUGACUCCACCUCUCUACAGCCACCGCGGAUCUGCAUCUCAAAUCAGGGCAUCUUUAAAAGCGCAUCAUUUCUUUAAGAGGCUCCAGGUGCGGUCUGGUUCGCAGAGAUGCCAUUAAAACCGCAACUGAGCUGUGCGAUAUAUGCAGAAAAGGAGCGGACAACGUCAUCAGCUGCUGACCCAAGAAUCGUCACUGAAGGAAACGUUGUUCUUAAAUUUCAGAAUUUCUGCAGGUUGUGCAUGACAUAUUUAACAUUGUAUUUGUUGCUGACAGAUAACAAACAUGUAAUUCAGCAACUUGGCCUGAAAGAAGUGAACACAAAUUGAGGAUGAAGCUGACGGGAUUACAAAACACGCACGAGUGGGCUGCAUCUUUCAUUAAAACUCUAUGACACACACACACACACACACACACACACACACACACACACACACACACACACACACACACACACACACACACACACACACACACACACACACACACACACACACACACACACACACACACACACACACACACACACACACACACACACACACGUUCUGGUGUGGUGCGGUCCAGUUGAUUUCUACUAAACCCGACAUUGAGUACAAAAAUGUCAUAUCACAAGUGUGUAUUCAAUCUCAUCUGAAGCGAAAAUAUAAAUAUUUUUUGUUCAAUGUUUUUUAGAGAAAGACGGAAUAUGACAACACGCUCCUUAUAAGAGAUCGGUGAUUCGUUUCUUAUUUUAUUGUGGCUUGUGCCUCUAACACCCCAACAGCUCCAUGCUGCCAUAACUUCUGUUUACCCAUAUUCCCAAUCAAUGCGUGUCGUCAUCAGGGGGGACCAUAAUGACGAGUGGCCUAUUAAGAAUGACAGCUCUGGAGAAAGAGAGAGAGACAGGGUAAAUGGUGAUCCCUCCCAGAGCUCCCUCUUCGCACUCUGGAGCGUUCGUCUCUCAGGGUCAGACCUGAUUGCAUCCCCUCUUAUCCAGAAGCCUCUCCUUCUCCUUAGGACUCACCCCCCCCCACCCACCUCCACCAUCAUCAUCACCGCCACCACUAGACACACACACACACACACACCCCUCCAACCUGAAAAUCAUCGCAGGAGAGUGCAAGCCGUCAAAAACCGAGGGGAAGCCGAGGUUUCCAGCGCGCGGCUGUGAUGGAAAGCAGAGAGGAGAUGGUGAUGCUGGCGGAAGGAGGUCAGCUCGUCAAGAGCGCGGCUAAUUUGUCGGAAGCGGUCGGGAGCCCCGCGCGAGAACCGCAGGGGAAGCAGAGCCACAGGGGCUGCCUGAGCCCCGGAGCAGCGCCGUACGCCCGGGACAGAGCAGAGCUGCUGGCGGAGGAGAGCGCACGGAGGAGUAUGUGCGCCGACAUGAGACCGGUUGGCACGUCGUCUUCCGAGGCGAGACACCGGAGCGAUCAUCCCCAGAAAGACGGCAGCAGCUCUGACACAGAGUCGGACUUCUACGAGGAAAUUGAUGUGAGCUGCACGCCGGAAAGCAUGGACUACCCCACGGCUAAAGGUCGAAGCGGGGAUUCUCCGGAUCACCAGAGCGAUACCGGCCCUGAGACGGGUAAAAACGGCCAGGGUCCAGGCUCGCUGUCCUAUUCGGCGGACCAGAUUCGUCGGUACCGGACCGCGUUCACGCGGGAGCAGAUUGCGCGGCUGGAGAAGGAAUUUUACCGGGAGAACUACGUGUCCAGGCCGCGGAGGUGUGAACUGGCGGCGGCCUUAAACCUCCCUGAGACCACCAUCAAGGUGUGGUUUCAAAACCGCAGGAUGAAAGACAAGCGCCAGCGGCUGGCCAUGACGUGGCCUCACCCCGCCGACCCGGCCUUCUACACGUACAUGAUGAGCCACGCCGCGGCCACCGGGAACCUGCCUUACCCCUUCCCGUCCCACCUGCCGCUGCCUUACUACUCCCACCUGGGCGUGGGAGCGGGCUCGGCUCCGGCCGCCACCCCUUUCUCCAACCCGCUGCGCUCCCUCGACAGUUUCCGGAUGCUGUCCCAUCCGUACCAGAGGCCGGAGCUCCUCUGCGCCUUCAGGCACCCCUCCCUGUACCCAGGGGCGACCCACGGCCUGGGUCCCGGAGGAAGCCCCUGUUCCUGUCUGGCCUGUCACUCCAGCCAGUCUAACGGCAUCUCAACCAGGCCCACCGGCUCGGACUUCGCUUGCUCCCCAACCAGCAGGACUGACGCUUUCGUCACUUUCACGCCUUCCGUUCUCAGCAAAGCCUCGUCUGUAACGCUGGACCAGAGGGAAGAAGUGCCUCUUACCAGAUAAAACGAAAACCACCACUAUUGUUCUAUACAAGCCGUUAUGCGCUUUUAACCGAACACAUUAUAUGACCAGGACUCAAACAGCAUGAAGAGGUAGCCUGCGUGACAUUGAACGCCAUCUUACACUUGAGGCAAGGUAAUUAGUCAGAUCUUCGGCGAUAUGACGCACAACAGAUCUCACGUUACUAAAAAAAUAACAAUAAUCCUCCAACAGACAGAGUGAUGAAAUAUGACGGCAAAGACAAAAACCCGAUUUGAUUUUUAGGAGAUUAAUUUCAUGUCUGAGGAGAAAUCUAGAAAAAAACGUUUAAAUCCGCGUGAUGGAUGGCGUUAAGGUUUUUAUCAUUAUUCGUCGUCUCUUUGCGCGUCCAAAUCGACCUACAUGUAUUGUUGGUUGCGCGAGAAUGAUGCCUUCCAUCUCUCUUUUUAACAAGGGGAUUUGUUAACAGACUGCGGCCGCCUCAUUAUAACCAGCUCCCCACACCAGAGCGUCCACGGCGAUCCGAGUCCAAAUGUGCAGAUGCUAGUGAAAUUAAUACGUGAUGUAUAUGUACGAGCCGGUGAAUUUUGGGUGCUGAAUUAAUGAUAAUAUCAGGAAGAGAUCGUUGCUGCCAAAAGGUAACAAGGCGCCAGGGGAACGGAUUACGACAGUCUGCGCGGUUUGAGGAGGGGCGGGGGGGGGGGGGCAGAAGAGGAUGGAGACAGACAGAGAGAGGACAAUCAAAAAGGGAGAACACAUUGGACAUUUUAAGGCCAUCAAACUCUUCUCUUCGAUCCUUCACUUAUAAUAUUCACGAAUAACAUCUGAUGAAAAUGUGAUUAAAUUAAGUCUAUGGGUCUUUUAAAAAAUAUUUUCUCGCUUUGGACCAGUGGUGGCAUUCAGUCAAGGAACGGACUAACGAACGACUGAUUUUUUUUAUUUUAUUUUAUUUUUUCUGGGUUGUCCUCAACGUCUAAUUUGCAAUAAACAUUGUUAAAGAAUCAAUAGAACAAUGACUUGUUUGUCCUCUGUCUGAUCUUGAAUAUUAUUUAUUUAAAUAGUCUGAUAUGAGAGAGUUAAUUCAAUCGAAAUGUAUUUUAAUUUAAAUACGACAAAAUAAAACCAGAUCCCCCAA